UGUUUCUUCCUCCCGCUUCUUUCUGGUUCAAGCUCCCUUCUUUCUUAGGAAGAAAAAAUGGCUAUCUCAUUUCUCCAUCCUCCAGUAGCUAUGAAAUCAACCAACGGAUCUACCUCUGUAAAUACUGCUCUUCUCUCUCCCUCUCCUCCUCCUCCUCUUCAUUUUCAAUUACCUCUACAGAAACCCUUGAACAGAGACUUCCUCCGCCUUCCACCCAUAACGCCUCAGCUCACUCCACCCAAGACCAUAAAGAGACGGCGAACACUUUCCAAUCCCACCACCGCCUCCGACAUUCUUCACUUGAUGGAUGUCCUUGGACUUCCAGUGUCCGCAGACAUAUACGCUUCUCUUCUUAAAGAAUGCACACUUCGCCAAGACACUUGCGCCGCCAUCGAACUGCACGACCACAUUAGAAACAGCCGUAUCCGCCUUGAUUUGCCGCUCAUGAAUCGCAUCUUGGUCAUGUACUUAUCCUGCGAGUUAUUUGAAGAUGCACGCCAAGUGUUCGACAAAAUGCCUGUUAGGGAUAACAAGUCAUGGGCAGCAAUGAUUUCUGCUUAUAUGGACAUGGAAGAUUAUUGGGAGGCCAUAUCCUUAUUUGUAGAGAUGCGUAUUGGUCGGAGAAGAGACAAAAACAACACCGGCGAAGACGACGACUCCUUGCUCUCCUUCCCUGUCUUUUGGGUGGUUGUCCGGAUAAUCACUGCAUGUGGACGAGUCCAAGAGUUGGAUCUUGGGAAGCAGAUCCAUGGUUGGCUUCUGAAGCUUGGGUAUGGAAAGAGUUCAUUUCUCACCUCUUUAUUUAUCAAUCUUUAUGGGAAACUUGAUUGUUCAGAAGGGAUUGACUUCACCUUUGAUAACAUGCCUUCCAAGAACAACAUUAUUUGGAUGACUAAACUUGUCAACAACUGUAGACAAGAACAUUUCAAAGAAGUUUUUAGUAUCUUCAAUGAAAUGAACAGAAGUGGUGUGAGGUGCAAUGCUUGUACAUUCUAUAAUGUUCUUAAAGCAUGUGGGAGAAUGGAAAACGGCGGGUUUUGUGGUCAGCAGGUGCAUGCGAAAGCAGUGAAGAUUGGAAUAGUGAACGGUUUUGUUCAGAGUGGAUUAGUUGAGAUGUACGCGAAAUGCAGGUUAUUGGAAUGUUCAAGGAAAGCUUUUGAGAUGCUUGGAGAUGAGAGAAAUUUGGAUUGCUGGAAUGCUAUGAUUAUGGGAUAUGUAGAAGAAGGAUUGGUGGUUGAAGCUAUCAAGAUUGUUUACGAAAUGAAGGCUGUUGGUUUGGAACCUGAUGAAACAUUGCUUGAUGAGCUUAAAUGUGCUUGUGCCAGUAAAGAUCACUACAUGUAAUGAUUCCAUAUAUAUUCUAGCUACACUCGAGUUUCAACUCAACUUGAAGUUGAAAAUCCUCGAGAAUAGGGUUUUGCUAUAGCCUUGUAUGUAAGUCUUAUCUGUAACUGUUUGUCCCAAUCAAGUCUCAUUUGUUUAUAGUGAUGGAUGAACUAUAGAUUCCUCUGUAA